AUGUCAAGUUCCGACGAAGAUUCAACAUCAUACAUUCGUAACUACAUAAUAGAUCCAGAAAUUUUGAACACAUUUGUUACUUUUUUGGAAGAUGAAGAAAGGGAGGCAAAAAGUUCAGCACAUGUGAACAUACCAAGAGCACCAAGAAUGUACAUAGCCAGAAACCAUGCCAAAGCGGCAACCCAUUUAUUUAAUCAUUACUUCGUCCCGGAGCCUUUCUAUCCUCGUGAUUAUUUUCGAACGCAUUUUCGAAUGCCUAAGGAAAUGUUUAUUCGUAUAGUGAGAGACAUACAAACCUUUAACGCCAUACAACCAUUACCGGCUCACUUUCAAUACUUUCACAAUCCUCCUUUCGAUGUCGUGGAUGCUCCCGCUAUAAACAAUUUUCAAAAAUGUACAUCCGUUGUACGCCAACUGGCGUACAGUGCUAAUGCCGACCAGCUAAAUGAGUAUCUGGAAAUGGGUCAACAAAUGUCAUAUGAUGCUUUGAACAACUUUUGUAAAUGUAUUGUACAGUUGUAUCACGCAGACCAUGGAGAAAAUGCCCCACCUCAUGGCAAGGCCAAUACACUCGUGGCAACAAAGGACACCCCACGAUUAUCCUUGAAGCGGUUGCUUCAUAUGAUUUGUGGAUGGCAUGCUUACUUUAGAUCCGUCGGUUCGAACAACGAAAUCAACGUACUCAAUGAAUCUGACUUGUUCGACCAGUUGCUUGAAGAUAGAGCUCCUGUGGUCAACUUUACCGCUAACGAAUAG